AUGGCCACACAAGAUUGGGUGGCGAUCGCCAUCAUGGGAGGUGUCGGCACGCUGGCCCUCUGCAUGAAUGCCGUCGCUGGGAAAACUAUAUGGAAAAACACCAGUUUGAGCAUUACGGUGAAAACCUAUCUCUGUGCCGAACAUACACUGCGCAUCGUCAUGUCGAUCAUGGCGUACUACGUCGUCGCUCAAUCAAUUAUUCGCUUUGACGCCCCAGAUCCUCUAUCGAAUAUUACAGGAGUCAGCUAUGGGUUUCGGGCCGACGCCUAUGACCAGACGAAAACCUAUGAGGAUUUUUACUACGCGUCUCCGGUUACGGAACAACGGACCCUUGAUGAAAUGGGGGAUCAACACGAGUUCUGGGCCCAGGAUCUUAAUAGAUUAUGCGCUUUCUAUUUUGUGGUCUGUCAAUUUGCUGUGGAUUACCUGCAACUUGGACUUUCAGUCAAUCGCGUGGCAGGCGUUGUAGCUAGGGGAAAAUAUCUGAAGCUAACUUCCAAAAAUCCUGUCGCACAGGUGAUGCUCUUCAUCUCCAUUCCGUUCCAGCAACUAUACAAACCGUUAUAUUACCAGUCGCUCGUGUUCGACAAGUACGAGCACAAUCUGUAUCGUGGCAGCAUGCCCUCGGCCAUCAACAUCGGAUACAGCUACGAGAAGGAUGUCUGGAAAAACGCGGCACAUUGGAAUGAGCUGACGUUGAUGCGUCACCUAAAGAUACUACGCAACUCCACCGGCUUAUCGGUACGCGCCAAGGAAAGUCGAGCCGAUUUCCGUCUGGCGCAACAGAUAUUUUUUAACAACUUUUUCACGUUCUUGGUUUGUUUGGCGACAGCUGAAUACCUGUACUUUAUUGACAAUGCUAUUGACACGAUUAUAAAGUCGGCAUUUUCGGGCCCAAACGACGGUUUCGGGGUUAAGACGAUCAUGCGGUCGUUCGGUAGCAAGGUGACGGGGGAUUGGCUGAUUAUCGCGUCGAGUCUUUACUUUCCAACUUUUGGAAACCUCGUCGCUGGCUGUAUCACAUGGCAUUUUCUCCGUCCGCGUGUCACCAAACUCAAACAGAAAACCGAAAAGUCGAAUGCAGCCUCCACUAUCCAAGUAGAAACCAUGACCACUAGAAGGCGAACGACUACCAAUGCACGG